AUGUCAGGAGGACGUUUCAAUCACCUGUUGAGGGUACUGUGGCUGUGGCAAGCUGUGUUUGUGUCAGGGAGCAAGCUCUGGGAGGUAUCCACAGCCCCCUUAGGAUUUUCCUCCAACCAAACAACCAGCCUGGAAUGGGAGCCACAGUGUCAGUAUCGCCACCUGCAGGAUGGCGUCAGAAUCACAGCCGACAUUCCCCCAAAACUGGAGGGCAACUGGGUGUCAACCAGAUGUGAAGUUCGGCCUGGUCCUGAGUUUCUGACCCGGUCCUAUACCUUCUACCCGAGCCACCUGUUCAAGGCACUGCAGCACUAUUACACUGACAGCGGGUGCGAGGAGCCCACCUACUCUCUGGUGGUCCGGGGCAAGCUCCGUCUGCGCCAAGCGUCCUGGAUCACCCGGGGUGCCACCGAGACAGAGCACCACCUUCACAAAGUGGGCAUCGUCAUCCACAGCCAAGGCGCCAUGCACAGGCCGGCCGCCCGUCUACCCCCUGUGUGUGUGGGCCUCACCCUGAGCGGCAUGGUGCCCGGGCGCCUGUAUGAGCUGUACAACGCCCAGGCAGGGAGGGAAUGCCUGGGUGCCCUGGGGUUCUCGAUGAUGGAACUGGGCUUGGUGAGAAUGGAGACCCAGCAUAAGCCCCAUGGAGGUCUGGUUCAGGAGCUCUUCCUUGGGGACGUGCACACGGACUGGACAAAGAGGACGUACUAUCGACCAACGGGUUACCAGCAACCAUUGCAGAACGCUAUGCACCACAUCCACCCCUGCCCGGCGUGCGCCCUGGUCUUCCGGGGCUCGGAACAACGCCCCCCGGUGUUGCUCCGUGUCCCUGCGUCGGCCCCUCCAUCUCUGCACGGCCGCUGGGUGAGCCAACGCUGUGAAGCCCGGCCUGCCGUCCUCUUCCUCACCCGAGACUUCACCUUCCGCCCAGAUGAGCACUCCUGGGAAGGCUUCUACCACCACUACUCGGACCCCUCUUGCAGCCAGCCCACCUUCACCCUGCAGGCCUCGGGCCACUACGCUCAGGGAGACCCCUCGGCCAAAGUGGCGGGAGGCACCGAGUUCGUCUUCAAGGUGACCCGUGUCAGUGUCACCAUCCUUGAGGGGGCCACGGCCAGGGUGCUCAACGAGACCCGGCCGGGAAGCUGCGGGAAGGUGGGGGGCUGGGAGGUGGGGGUGGAGCAAGAUGUGACCCCCACGGAUGGGUGUACCGUCUUGGGGAUUAAGCUGCCCCACAAGGAGUACGAGCUGUUCAAGACAGAGAUGGACCAUCGACGGCGCCCUCUGCUGUUCAUCGGGGAGAGGCCGACGGAUGGCUCCAGCCCCGACCGUCCCCAGAAGAGGCCCACGUCUUACCAGGCCCCCAUGGUGCAUUGUGGCGAGGAGGAUGCCCCCACGUCGUAUCACCACACCAACCAGCUCAAGCUAGCAGCUAGUGGAGCCAAGAACCUACCAUGGCAACCAAGCUUUGUCCUUGUCCUGGUCUCUUUACUGUUGCUUUGGUACGAUGGCGGAACUGCUCACAGUGUAUGA